UCUGCUCCUUUCUCAGUACAGCGGUGCCUCAGGUGGCGGACAUGCUUCGGUCCUGACCCGCCCGCCAUGGCCAGUCCCCCAGCCCCGCUCCGAUUCACCCUCCUUCUGCUGGGCACGGUGGGCAGGGCCGGCCCCCACCCUCAGGUGCAAUCCUUUUCAGAAACAAUAUAUAAAUGGAGGGAAUACCGCCUGAAGUGUGAACAAUCCAUACAAGAGACCCCUCUCCCAGCCACAGGAGGUAUAUUUUGCAACCGGACCUUUGAUAGCUAUGCCUGUUGGCCAGAUGGACUUCCUGGAACCUAUGUCAAUGUCAGCUGUCCCUGGUACCUUCCCUGGGCCAGUAGUGUGUCUCAGGGACAUGUGUAUCGAUUCUGCACAACGGAGGGCACAUGGCUACAUGAUGACAACUCCAGUCUACCCUGGAGGGAUUUGUCAGAGUGUGAGAACAAGUCAGGAAACAAGAGCCACCCUGAGGAGCAGCUUCUGUCUUUCACCAUCAUCUACACUGUGGGCUAUGCACUCUCCUUCUCGGCUUUGCUCAUCGCCACAGCCAUCCUUCUUCGAUUCAGACACCUGCAUUGUACCCGGAACUACAUCCACUUGAAUCUGUUCAUGUCCUUCAUCCUCCGAGCUUUGUCCGUCUUCAUCAGAGAUGCUGUGCUGAAGUGGAUGUACGGUACGGCUACCCGACGCUACCAAUGGGAUGGUCUCCUCUCCUACCAGGAGUCCCUGAGCUGCCGCCUGGUGUUUAUCAUGAUGCAGUAUUGUGUGGCCGCUAAUUACUACUGGCUUCUGGUGGAGGGCAUCUACCUGUACACCCUACUUGUGCUGUCUGUCUUCUCUGAACAGAGGGUCUUCAGACUCUACGUGUUCAUUGGCUGGGGUGUUCCCCUGCUGUUUGUCAUCCCCUGGGGAGUCGUGAAGUACCUGUACGAGGAUGAGGGAUGUUGGAACAGAAAUGCUAACAUGAACUAUUGGCUGAUUAUCCGGCUGCCUAUUCUCAUGGCCAUAGGACUGAAUUUCCUCAUCUUUAUCAGAGUUAUCUGCAUCAUCAUCUCCAAACUGAAGGCCAAUUUGAUGUGCAGGACAGACACCAAGUGCAGGCUGGCCAAAUCAACGUUGACCCUCAUUCCCCUGCUGGGCACCCACGAGAUUAUCUUUGCCUUUGUGAUUGAUGAGCAUGCCCGAGGGACCCUGCGUUACAUCAAACUCUUCAGUGAAAUCUCCUUCGCAUCUUUCCAGGGGCUGAUGGUGGCCAUCUUGUACUGCUUUGUUAACAAUGAGGUCCAGUUGGAGUUUCAGAAGACUUGGGAGCGCUGGCGACUGGAGCAUUUGUACACCCAGAGAGAUUGCAGCAUGAAGCCCCUCAAGUGUACAGCCAGUAGCCUGAGCAGUGGUGGCACAUUGGGGAGCAGUCUAUAUGCAGCCACCUGCCAAGCCACCUGCAGCUAAGAUGCUCAGGUCUCUCUCUACCCUGAAGUCCUAUCUGGGGGAGACCUCAGAUGUGGGAGGUAUCUUCCUGGGUACUUGGGCAAAUAUGCAUGCUCAU